AUGAAACUAUCCUCUCCUUUUCGUGUGCUCGCUCGCUCGCUCACUCACGGCAUGUACGGUCAUGUGCGUGUGUUUUCAACUGUCGGAGAUUGGGGUAAAAGUAUUGAUGCAGCUCAACGGAUUGCGUACGAAACCGAAGGACGUGAAGUGAUCCAAUGGGCCGGAGGAACGUUUGUCGUUCUGCCCAGUGUGCCAAACAGUGCAAUUCCCGAAGACGACAUGGGCGCAGGGGAUGCGACUGAUAGAGGCUCGGCGGAUGAGACACAAUCCAUGACCAAUGUGGUGGAGACCGGCAUAUCGAAGCGGAAAGUGAGCCGCACGGCUUACAAUCUAAUCCCACAUUCUGGUGCUGUGGCAACCGAAGCAUCGCCCAGUCAAACUAGUCGUCUGGUAUUGCGUCGUGUUAAACCAACCGAUGCUGGUCGGUAUGUGUGCUCUGUGCUCACCGAAGCCGGUCGGGAUGACCACAAGUUUGUACACGUGUCCGUUGUCGGUGCAGCUGGUGGUGAGGUCGAUGAGGUGACGGGCAAUGGAGUACGCCGUUUGACAGUUUACAUUGCCGUCCCGACAGCCGUUCUCGUUCCCACUCAGGGCUAUCAGACUGCGGUUCCCGGAUCGGUGGCCAUGGUUCCCGGAUCGUAUCCGUUGUUGAUGCAAUCGAUGGGCUCACAACAGGCAGCACCAUACUAUGCCAUGCAAGAUCCUAACGGCUUGAGUACUGUAUAUCCCUCUAACAUGUACCCAGUAAGCUCAGCUGGUGGUAAUGAGUAUAUAUUGACCAGUAAUGCAUUGAAUGUUUAUCCUCCCGGAAUGGUUUAUCCGAUGGCCAAUGGACACGCCCCCGGUCAGAAUUCCAGCAAUCUAAUGCCCGGUUCGGUAAUGAACUCAUCCUCACCGGAUUCAUCCGCGAUAACUGGACCCACUGAUGCAGUUGAGGGACGUUUAAUAUACCAGCCACCUGGUCAGGGAUCCAGUCCUGUUUUCCCAGUAUUUCAAGGCCCGGGAACCACAUGUGCCGGAGCUACACCUAUCGGGGGUGUGACUGGUCCGGGACCGGGUUCCAGUAUGGCUUAUCAUCAAACCCCUCAAUCACAUAUGAAUCCGAAUCCGGGUGAGAUGGAAAUGAGUCAUAACAACACCCCGUUGCUUUCGUAUCAAUCUCAUGCGGACACAUCUAAUACGCAUAAUUCAAUGCGGGCUUGA